UUCGAUGAAACUAUUUGGUCUGCAAAAGGCACACCUCUUUAAGGGACCUAUUCAUCUUCCUUGAAGUGUUUGGAGCACAGCCCAUGGCACAGCCUACCUCGCGUCAUCAAUUCCAUGUAGUACUUAUUUGUAACACUAGAUGGUGACAUUACCAUAAUAUAAACGCUCACUGCUUGCAUUAGACAUUCAGGUUAGUUUCGUUAUGGAUAAAAUAGCAUUUCAACGGGAUAAGGCUAAGGAUAAGUGGUAGGCUCAAACUACUUAAUGCGGAUUUAGAGGGUCCUAAACUCAAUUAUGAUUACAUUUUUCAAGUGGGUGCUUUGAAGUACAAACAUCGAAGUAGUUCUGACAAGUCGCCUAUAACUAUAGAUGCCCGGCCAUGCACACAUGCAAUUCUCGGAAUAGGGAUUUGCCCUCGUUUUUAAGCUUGAGCCAAGACUUGAGCCAAGACUCCGACCCUUAAAGUGGUUCAACAGUCUGGUACCGCUCUUUCUUGACUCGCUCACUUAUCAGCCAGACAUCAGGAGCGUCAAAGGGCGGGUCACACUCGCUCUCAUAAAAUGAAGUGUGUGUGCCUGGAGAGGGACGCGUCAGGAGCGGAGAGAUGCUUCAGGAGAGAGACAAGCGUCAGGAGCGCAGAGAUGAGCGCCGUCGGACAGUGAACUCAUGGUGGACAUAAAGAGCCCGACUCUGUACAUUAAAGGUGUCUCCCGAAGGUGUCUCGGGUCCUCGAACGCAAUCUGAAUUCAGAGGAGGGCUGAACCGAUGUCCAACACCACCGCCAUCACCUCCGCCCUCGGGCCCCCCAGCCAGCAGCUCUUCUGCCCCCUGAUGGUGGCCAUGCGCGAGCACUCCCUCAACAACAACACGGGCGCCAACCGGGUCGUGGUGUCGGUCCUGGGCCUCGUCUCCUGCCUGGGCAUCCUGGAGAACGCCCUGGUCCUGUGGGUGGUGGGCUUCCGCCUGCGCCAGCGCACCGUGGCCUCCGUCUGGGUGCUGAACCUGGCCCUGUCCGACUUCCUGGCCACCCUGACGCUGCCCCUCUUCACCCACUACCUCCACUCCAACCACAGCUGGGAGCUGGGCGGCGCCCUCUGCUCCGCCCAGACCUCCGUCUUCUUCCUCAACAUGUUCGUGUCGGCCUUCCUGCUGGCCGCCAUCUCCCUGGACCGCUGCCUCCUGGUGGUCAGGCCCGUGUGGAGCCAGAACCACCGCUCGGUGGCGACCGCCUGGAAGGUGUGCGCCCUGGGCUGGGCGUGGGCGGUGGUCAACACCUUGCCCUACUUCCUGUUCCGCUCGGUGGUGACGAAGCUCGACGGCAGGAAGCUGUGCUACCACAAUUUCGCCUUGUACACGUCCUCCGCGGACACGCUGGGGAGGGACUGCGAGGUGCGGCAGGCCUCCACCGGCAUCUCCAAGAUGCUGUUUGCGUUCCUGGCACCCCUGGUGGUGAUCGCAGGGAGCUACAUCCUGUUUUGGGUCAGCCUGAGCAAGAGGCAGACGAGGAGGAAGCAAAGUGGCUGCAUGCUAGCCGGAGGGCUGAAGGAGACGGGAGCGAUGACCGUCAAGGCUCCGGAUGCCGGCAAACCUUUCUUCACGCGGCAAACAUCCACUUCGUUCUUUACUCGGACGCCUGCGCCUCCCGUGUCGCCCUCCACGCGCCCGAAGCACCCCAAGAACAACCUGCUGUCCCAGAGCUUCACCAAGAUGGUGACGUCGGUGAUCGCGGCGUUCAUACUGUGCUGGGCGCCGUACCACAUCUUCUGCCUCAUCGAGGUGUCGGCCCACUAUUGGCCCCCGAGGGUGAAGCUGGUGGAGGUGGGGCUGCCCUUUGCCACCUUGUUUGCAUUCCUGAACCCCGUGUUGAACCCCAUCCUGUACGCCUUCAGCUGCCCCAACUUCUGCGUGCGGAUCCGCCACAGCCUAGGGGCGCUGUUCGAAGGCCUGGUGGAGGAGGACGGGAGCAGAGGGCUCGGCAAGACGAUGCGACAGAGGAGGAGGAGCAGCGUUCGGGACCUAAACCUCACGUGAACCUCCGGGAUCACCAAACCAUUCAGGGGAAUCAUGCCUGGCCCCGCAUUCGCUUGACCCCUUCACCUCCCCGCCCUGCUCCGCCAGCUUACGACAAGUACUCAAGAUGCCAGUGCUAGGACCAAGUUCUGAAUGAUAACAGUUAAAUGGACUGCAUUUAUAUAGCGCUUUUUUUAACCAGUGGGAACUCAAUGCGCUUUACAAUGCUGCCUUACAUUCACCUAUUCAUGAACACAUUCACACGCCGACGGCGGAGGCAGAAAGAAAGGGCGACAGCCAGCUCGUCGGGAGCAGUGAGGGUGAGGUGUCUUGCUCAGGGACACCUUGACACUCAGCUAGGAGGAGCCGGGGAUCGAACUAGCAACCCUCCGGUUACCAGCCAACCCGCUCUAUCUUCUUAGCCUCAUGCCGCCCAGUUGAACAUUAAAGGUGCAAUGUUUAGGAUCUUACAUUGAGGUUGCAUGUUGCAACAAACUGAUCCUUUUACCUUGUCAUUGCCCAUGACUUAGCCGAAGCUACAGUGGCUUGUACUGGCAUGUAGUUGGUCCUAGCUUAAAACUAAGAUAGUCAUUAUGGUUACACAUUACAACACGACCUCUAAAGUAUUUUGUCCGGUCUGGGCUACUGUAGCAACUUGGUGGUGAAGCACCACCGAGUAUAAAUCUAAAUAGCGAGCUCCCGCUCCCUAUUUAGAUAAGACUAUAUCCAAAUAGGAUUAUUAUUAGAUUCUUAUUUUCAUGGAUUAUGCACUAAUUAAAACAUGCUUAUGAAUAUUCUAUUCCAUUUCUGCCAAGUCCGUUCCGAUAGAUGUUACUAAAUUCUAUGUAUUGUACCUUUAAUAAUAUUUAGCUUCAAGACAGGUCAAGCUUACACUUACUGAAACGCCCAAAACCAGCAUUUCCACUUGUCUAUACACUAAUGAAUUUCUGUCUUAAAUUAGGCUUCAUCCUGUCACUUCCUGUUAUAAAUGGCUGAUGAUGAUGUUUACAAUUGGCUGAAACCCUGGCUAUCAGACAAGUUUCAAAAUAAACAUUAGUACCCAAAAGAAAUGCCACCUGUCAGGGCGUAGAUUGGCGAUUCACUCGCUGCGGAAAUUAAAGUGACAGUCCUGAUUGUUGUUAGGGCAGUUUGUGUGUUGUUGGAAAUUGUUUAAGUACAAAGAUCGAAGGACUGAUGAAUUGACAAGUGACAAUGUGAACUUCUUCACACGCCGUAAACGUAUUACCUUAUUUGUAACCCUUGAAUUAAAAAUAAGGCAAACUAAUAACAAACACAACUGGAGCACCUUAAAACAAGUUUUAACAAGCAUAAACAUAACAAGGGGUUAAUCAGAUAAUAAUCUGUGUGGUUGAUAGUCGGAUUGCAUUGUUGCAUGAACUUUGUCACGCCUGCAUCAAACACUCCUUUGUGCACAAGCAAACUUGCACACCCAGUCCCGUGUGACGAGAACCGCUGCGCUAACGCUUACCAUAGCUUCAGGAGGGGAGGGGGGUUAAUCAGAUAAUAAUCUGUGUGGUUGAUAGUGAGAUUGCAUUGUUGCAUAAACUUUGUCACGCAUGCAUCAAACACUCCUUUGUGCACGAGCAAACUUGCACACCCAGUCCCGUGUGACGAGAACCGCUGCGGUAAUGCUUACCAUAAUUAAAACAUAAAGAUGAGGAUGUAAAGAUAUGACAAGAGGCAGUCUGGGGGGGGGGGUAUUCAAAUGUAAUGGUGGGGAUGUCAAGAUAUCUUAUUGUAAUUUCGAUUUUCUUUAUCAUUGAUUUUCUUAAUCAUCAAUCUUUUCACCUGACCGCUUGCAAUGUCAAGCGCUUUCACCGUUAUACUCCCCUCGCCAGUGUGGUUUGUAAAGCUCAUUGCAACUGAAUAAAGUUGCAUGAACCUUAACUUAUUCAGCAGAAUUAUACUUUGCAUGAACAAAAGGCACGAACUGAAAGAAAAACUAAAUUAGAAAGUGGAAUUUUUAACCAGGAUGAAAAGUACACAGACCUAGUCAAUGUGGAAAUCUCGGAAUGGCAUCAUAAUGUUGUCACGCCCAAAGUCAAGUCCAAUCCUGUUGAAGUCAUAACAUCCACACAUAAAGGGACAAGGGUUCUGGAAUCAAUGAAGAUGCAAAAUGAGAUAAGUAUAUUCAUGUUCUCCUUAUCACCCAUGUAUGAUUCAAGAAAAUUCUAAAGGAGCAGCCAAAAUAGAUCCCCAUACAUGGAGUCCUUCUCUUCCAGUCAGAAGAGCAGGUAUGUGCACCAUUUAACAUCUCUUACGUGUCAGAGCAUCAUUCCCCUGUGCCCUGAUUGCACUGUUGGAUACAGAGAUGAUUGUAAUCGCACAGACAAAAAAAAGAAUGGAAUUAUAGCUCUGCUUUGAAAGACUUUCAAAAGCAGUACAGAGUGUCCUAACCGGGACAUUUGACACAAAACAACCAUUAAAACCUAUGAAUACACAUACACACACGAAUACAAGUCCAACUGCCUUCUGCUCCUGUGACAAUCCCAGAUCUAUAUUGAUGUGUAUCUGGUAAGGAGGGGUUGCAGUAUAGUGAGUGAUUAUGAAACAUGUCGGCUAAACGGUUAUUGAUAGAGCUUAUUUUCACAAGUGCGUAUGUCUAGACCAAAAAAAAAAUCUAUUUAAGCUUGGACAACU